AUGUUGUUGUUAAAAUGUCUAAUUUUGAUAAACUGUCCCCAGGUGACCAAAACAGCUCUUCAGAAGAACCUGAACUUUGAACAUGUGUGUAAAAACCCAAAGUCUGAUAUAUCUGAUCGGGCCACGGCGCGCAUCGCUACUCAUCCUCAGUUCAAGAAGAAGAUCGAGACCAUCAAAGCUGCUGUGAAGGCCUUCAAAGAAGAGCGGAUGAAGGGAGGAAAGCAGGGAAUUAAAGAAAAGCCGCAAAAUAAAUCUCUCAAGGUGACGCCUCAGACACCGGAGAAAAAGGUAGAGCACAAGAGAGAGAAAGUAGAGGAGGAUAUUGAAGUGAAGCGACAGGAAAUCAUGGAGGAUAAGAAAGUGGAGGAUAUCGUUAAAAACACUGAAAACGUAGCUGCUGUCGAGCCUGAAAAGGGAAGCGUGAAAGCAUCUCCUUCAGCUGAUACGGCUGAUGUGGAAAUCAAAGAAAUGCCCGAGUCUCAGAUUGAAAAACCAGCCGCAAUAAAAGUAAGUGAAGAAAAGGACAAUGUGAAAAACACACCUAAAAGUAACGUCGUGGAGAAGAAACCGGAGACAAAGCCGGCACCUGAUUCGCUCCAGGAAACGAAGAAGAUGGAGGAGGUGGAGAGCGAUUUAGAGAUAUCAGACGAUGAGGAGAAAGAGUACUUUGACGACAGCACGGAGGAACGAUUCCACAAACAAUCCUCUCACUCGGAGGAAAGCGAUGACGACGAUGGCGGCUUCUUCGUCGGGAAAGUGAGCAAAUGCAAGAGGAAGAGAAAGCAGAAGAGUGGAGAUGGGGAGAAGUCACAUAAACAAAGUGAGGUGACGAGUUCAGACCCCGUUCAAAAUGAGCUGGAUGAGCUGGAGACCAGGCUGAAGUCCAAGAAGAACUCGUUUCAGUCCGUUUUCUGUCCUUCCCUUUCUUCGUCUGGAGGAGGGAGAGGGGGAGGGAGAGGGAGAGGGAGAGGGGGGGAUAGAUUUAUGAGUCGAGGGAAUCCAAGAGGUGAUGGUGGUCCAAAUAGAGCUUUCAGACGAGAGUCCAAGUUCCAAAAUCAAGAGGAGGACGGAGGAGAAAGAAAUUCAGGCUCCAAACACAGUAAGCCGUCAGAGGGGGGGUUCAGAGGGAGAGGUCGAGGGAGAGGAGACUUUACGAGGCAAAGUGACCGGAGAGGGAGAGGUGGAUUCUCCCAGCAGCCACCAGAGGAGGCGUUGCAUCCAUCUUGGGAGGCGAGUAGGAGAAGGAAGGAGCAACAAGGACAGAUCCUGGCCUUCCAGGGCAAGAAGAUCAAGUUUGACGAUUAGUUGAUGGAACAUUUUGUUGUUUUAACGCUGAAUACUUUUUGGUUUAGCGUCUUUCGUGCGUUAUUCGGGAUAUCUGGUUCAGUGACAAAUGUGUUGUGCCGUGAAUGUAAUCAUUUCCUAAACGGUAAUAGAAUGUGCACUGAACGUGAUUGAUAUA